AUGGCAGAAUUUGAGUCCAUAAUGAUACUUCUAUUUGUUGCAAUUUUCUUUCCUUUAUUUCUUUUGCAUCGCUUUCAAAACAAAAAGUCCCCACGGAUCACAAAUUGGCCUAUCGUUGGAAUGUUGCCAACGGUUCUCUCCAAUGCAAGCAGGGUUUUGGAGUUCAGCGUUGACAUUGUCAAACAAAGUGGGGGCACAUUGGAGUUCAAGGGGCCUUGGUUUCCAACCUUGGACUUCGUUAUCACUGCUGAUCAUAACAAUGUCAACCACAUCUUGUGCAAAAACUUUGAUAACUACGAGAAAGGCUCUGAGUUCAAAGACAUAUUUUUCGAUUGUUUGGGUGAAGGAAUAUUCAACUCAAACUCUCAUUCAUGGAAAAGCCAACGGAAGCUAAUGUUGUUGGUGAUGAAAAACAACAAGUUUGUGCAGUUCUUACACAAAAUCUUAUGUCAAAAACUAGAGAAAAGUCUAACCAAAGUUCUCGAGUUUUUCGUGAAACUUGGCACUGAGGUGGAUUUUCAAGAUAUAUUACAGCGGUUCAGCUAUGACGUUGCUUGCAUUUUAGCUGUAGGCUCUGAUCCAAAUUCUCUUUCAAUUGAACUACCUGAAGUUCCAAGCAAAUCUGCUUUUUGUCAAAUAGAGGAAGGUUUGUUAUAUAGGCAUUACAUGCCUAUAAACGUUUGGAAGUUGCAAAGAUGGCUUCAAAUUGGGGAGGAGAAAAAAAUGAGCAAAGCUUUGAAAGCCGUUGAUGAAUUUGUAUACCAGUGCAUUGCGUCAAAGAAAGAAGAAAUAAGAUGCAAACUACAUUUGAAGGAAGGUCAAUUUGACUUCGUUACAGCUUUUAUGGUCGAAGAAGAAGGGGAAAUGAGUGGUGCUGAUUGGAAAUCUGACAAGUUUUUUAGAGACAUUGCAAUAAAUGUCAUGGCAGCAGGGAAAGACACAAUAAGUUCAAGCCUGUCUUGGUUUUUCUGGCUUGUUGGAAUGAACCCAUCAGUAGAAAACAAGAUUCUACAAGAGAUAAGAGCAAAUUCUGAUCCAACAAGCAAUGAUAAGAUGAGCAAAUCGAUGAUUUUUUUUAGUGAGGAAAAGCUGAAUAAAUUCAUUUACCUUGAUGCAGCCUUAUCAGAAACAUUAAGGCUUUAUCCACCAGUUCCUUUCAAUCACAAAACUGCCAUUCGACCGGACAUCCUUCCAAGCGGUCACCGAAUUCAUCAGAACACAAGGAUCUUGAUAAACUCCUACUCAAUGGGGAGAAUGAAAGAAAUAUGGGGUGAAGACUGUUUGGAAUUCAAACCAGAGAGGUGGAUUUCAGAGAAAGGAGAUAUUGUGCAUGUUCCAUCUCACAAAUUCAUAGCAUUUAGCGCAGGGCCAAGAAGUUGUAUAGGUAAGAAUAUAAGCUUCAUUCAGAUGAAGUUGGUUGCUAUCUCUAUACUAAGGAAUUAUCAAAUUGAGGUGGUGCAAGGCCAUCUUGUUUCCCCUAGCAAUGCUGUAGUACUUUAUAUGAAGAAUGGUUUAAAGGUUAAGAUCAAGAAAAGGAGUGCUUGA